CUAUGACAGACUCACCUCUUGUUCCUGCUCCAGUCCUCCCUGGUAGUCCUACUGCUAUGUUCAACUCUCUGAUCCCAACCUUGCGCAGCAACCGUAGCCCUACUGGCUCCGGUUUUGAGAGUCCCACCGCACAUGCGAUGUCGGCCGAACCCCUACCCCAGCCUACAAAAGAUAUAGAACGGGAAUUAGAAAGGGGGCAAGAAGACCUACGGAACACAAGGGAGGAAGCAUUAGCGGCAAGAUAUAGCCUACAAAUCCAGCGAGCAGAGCUCAGUGGUAUUCGUGAGAAGACGGGAACAUCGGAAGGGAUCUUCAUGAGUCGGCUACGACAAUAUCUUCAAUUCCAAGGAUUAGAAUUGCCAGUCGAAAUAGAACGAGUAUAUGAUGAAGUGGGACAAUUGCGCGAAAGUCUUGGAACCUUGGAAGCAUCGUACACUGAAGCCGAAGAUUACUACAAUCUCCUCGAGUGGAGAUACACUCAGAAAGAGACUAAAUUCUUCAAAAAAUUAAGCGGAGCCGAUUCGGAGAGAGAGAGCAGGUCCGAGGCAGAACAGCUUCUAAUUGAGACCGGGGAAGCUACAAGAUUCGCGGACGGGCCAAACGAGAUACCGAACAUGCAUUUCGCUGGAGACAACGCUUAUCUUCCUGUCUUCGAUGAUUAUAGUCCAUCUGGUAGCGAAUCUGCUGCAAGCGAACAGCGAAAUCUCCGGGGACUUCAGACUCACACCCCAACCCACCAUUCUAUCGGAGACGUUUAUGAUGACCACUGCGGUGAUCUACCAUCGGGCGUACGAAGGAAGUCAGAUCUUUCUGUACCAUCUACCUCGUACAGCGAAAGGGCAACCGUACAUGCCCAUAAAUCCCUGGCAAGAACUCAAGAAGAAAUUGACUCCUGGAUUCUAGGAACGGUGAUAUGUUCACAUUACCAAAGAUCACUUCUCAGGAAUAUUUUCACCAAGACUAAGAUGACGCAUGCUGCUUGGUGGCGGCUCGCACUUCACUACUGGAGCGUAGAUUGUUUCAACGGUGACCCCGCUGGUUUUCACGACGCACUUCUACCCUCUCCACAUAUUGCAGCUAGUAUAGGCCAGUCAUCACUUGGAUCUGCAUUGUUUGAGGGCAGGCCAACAUCUGAGAUUUUGGAGAACACACGGGCUCCUUCACAACGUGACUUAAAUACGGAACCAAAGGAAAUGACUACUCAAAUAUCUAGCAACCUUAACUUCCAUGAUCUGGAGAUCUCGUCGAAGGAUGAUAAUAACACUGUGCCAUGUGGAUGUGGGGAUUGCUCUGCGAGCUUUACUUGUCCAUUUAAAGCUGUGGACUUAAACGAGGUCUCUAGAAUAAAUUCCGGUGGAACUACCGACACUCGUGAUCACCAUUCUGAAAAUAGACGUGCUAUGCCAUCAGAAGCUACAGCCGCUUUCCAGCCUCAGCCCUCUGUUAUCCAGCCGGCCGCUGCCCAGACAUAUCACCUUAACGAUGCACCAAUGCUGUCGAUAAACCGCAUUAGAAUGGGAGGUGAGGUCUCUGAUGAUCUUAUUCACAGGUUUCGAGCGAGAAACUUAACACGUUCGGGUCGAUCAAAAUCAGAUCCAGGGGAGAAAACCACGGCGGAUCGAGAUCAAACUCAGACUCUACGAGAAAUGGAAGUGAUGGGGCCUUACAAAUUGAGAAUACUAGAACCUGAGAAUAUUACUAGACACCGCACUGAUCUCUUGGAUGCGACCGUGUCUCAACCGGUUUCCAAUCCAUCUAUGCCUGUAUUCCUUGGAAGCAAUAGUAGCACUCAAGACGUUUUCAGAUACCAUUACCGGUCCUUUAGCGAGCAGCUUGUACGAAUUUCCAAUCAUACAAUAUCAAUAUGAAAGUUGGCUAGAA